AUGUCGGGUUCAUUCUGGAAGCUAAGUAAUGGCUUCACCUCGCUUUCUAACGUCACGUCCAUUCUAGAAAACCACACCAUCAAUGACAAUGCCCAGGACGACUCCCAGACAAUCAGCGUGCUCCUAAAGCUUUUGGACGAAAAUGACUUGCUCCAGGAGUUGAUGUCCAACAACUCCAUGUUGCUCGAGUUCUUGCGUAACGACAACGUCAUCAGCAUGCUCGUCGACCUCUUGAUCCUGGAGAGCUUGCUGGGCGAACAGCUUGCCAUGAGCUUGAAGAGACUCCAUCUCCUGGCGGAUUUGAAGGUCGAGUCGAAGGAUGGCGAAGAUGACGAGACGGAAGAAUCCAAGGAAAAGGAAGAUAAAGAUGAAACCACUGAGGAGGAGCCUGACAAGGAAGAGGAGGCCACUCCAGAGCUGUCUGAGGAAAGACGAUCGCGUUACGCCACUCUCUCGGCUGAGAUCUUGAGUGCUGACGUGUGGUCGCUCACCGAUACCGUGAUGGAAUCGACGCAGAAUCUCAACAAGUUGUGGUCCAUUCUUGACUUGGAGCAGCCAUUGUCCAUCAACUUGGCUACCUAUUUCAUGAAGAUCAUGGAGCACUUGUUGGAUAUGAAGUGCGAGGAAAUGAUCACCUACCUCAUUGACAACCAGCCUGCGUUGGUCCGCAAGUUCAUGAACCACUUGUCCAACCCACCCCUCAUGGACUUCUUGCUUAAGCUUAUCUCCACCGAUAAGCCAGACAACUCCACCGGCAUAAUAGACUUUCUUCAGGAUCAGGAACUUGUUCCGCAGCUUGUUGAGGCCCUUGACACGUCCGACUCCGACGCGGACAUGGACGAGUUGCUCGUUAGACAAUCAUCAGCUGCGGACUUCCUAAAAGCACUUAUCACCAUUUCGGCAAACUCAACUACUGAUAAUUCCACCAUCGGGCCCAAUGAGCUCACUCGUGAGCUUGUUUCCUAUGACAUCAUGGCCCGCCUUCGUGACAUCAUGUUGAAAGGCGGCUAUGCUUUGGCAAAUGGUGUGGGUAUUAUCAUCGAGAUCAUCAGAAAGAAUAACUCGGACUACGACAUCUUACCGGUCCUUUAUAUCACCUUGGAGAGCCAUCCACCAACCGGCAGAGAUCCAAUUUACUUGGGUCACUUGUUGAAGGUGUUUGGCAGCAAGAUCGACGAGUUCAAUAAGUUGUUGAUACACGUCAACGAGGGCUCGUCAUUGCUCACCACGUUUGGUAAAAUCGAGCCAUUGGGAUUUGAACGUUUUAAGAUCUGCGAGUUGAUCGCAGAGCUCUUGCACUGCUCGAACAUGGCUCUUCUUAAUGACAACAAGGGAUUUGAUGUGGUGAAGAUCAGAGACGAACUUAGAAAAAAAAUGAGGGAGUUCGACCCUGUCGCCUUCAAGUACAACGAGGUCAUCGAGCUUCCUGCCGAUGACUGGCAGCCUAGUCUCGACGCAGAGAAGGAGUUGACCAAAAAGUUUGAGAAGGAUUUCCCAAAGCAUGAAUUUGAUGACGACAACGAUUUCAAUGACACCAUUGACUCUUUUAAUUCUAAGAUGCAAGACUCUUCAGUCGCCCAUCAUGGAAACCAAAAUAGCGGUGACGAGGACGAGCCACCCCAUAGUAACUCGAACUUAACUGAGGAAGAACUCAGAAGCAGCCCAGUUGUUGGUGAUUACCUCAAGAUUGCUUUGUACGACUCACAAAUCGUGUCAAACAUCUUGUCCAUGUUCUUCAAAUUCCCAUGGAACAACUUCUUGCAUAAUGUGGUUUUUGAUAUUGUUCAACAGGUGUUGAAUGGCUCAAUGGACAUUGGCUUCAACAAGUUUCUCGCGAUUGAUAUCUUCCACUCUGGAAACAUCACUCAUAAAAUCACAGAGGGCCAGCGUCUUUGUUCAGAGUAUGAGCAGGAGCACUGCGGUAUGAGACUCGGUUACAUGGGUCACUUGACAUUAAUAGCAGAGGAAGUUGUGAAGUUUAUUCAAUUAUACCCCGUCGGCACUGUCAGUGAAUUCAUUGAUGAAAAGAUCGAAGACGACAUUUGGGAGAAUUACGUCAGCCAGGUAUUGUAUGAUACGAGAAAGAAGUAUAACGCAAUUCUUGGCGGAAGCGAUGUUGAUGACGAUGAAGGCUCCAAUACCUUCGACGAGAGCACUGGCGAAAUUAUUGAGGAGAGUGAUUUUGACAGUGGCUUGAGUCUCAACCCCAAUAUCGAUCACGAUUUGAUUGGCAGCAGCUACGAGCACCAAGAAAAGGAGGAAGAGUUCCAUGAAGAUGUUGACAGCCGCGAAGAGACUGACACAGAAAAGAAGGACAGUAAUAAGCUUAGCUCAAGCGAUGAGUCCGAGUCUGAGGAUGAUGACGAUCACUUUGCUAAUUAUAUGUCGCUGCAGCUCACGAUCUCUGGGUCCAAUGCAUUCCAGUCCUCUCUCAGUAGCAAGGCGAAAGAAUUGAAGUCAGAGGACGACUCAGAUAAAUACAAGGACUUCCUCCAUGUCUCCGGAAACGGCGAAGGAGAUGACGAUGAUGACGAUUACAUCGACCCCAAUGAUGAUGGGAUGUCAUACAAAAAAGCCAAUCCGUUAUACGACUCACAGGGACUACUUGUUAAGGACAACAUGCGCCAAUUUCCAGGGCACACAAACAAUCUGAGUGAGGACUCCACGUCGAGCUCUGACAGUGACGAUGAUGACAUUCCCUUGAACACUGAUGACGAGGAUAACAAGGACAACAAACUCACACGAGUUGCAAGCAAAGGUUGA